AUGCGCUUGACUGUGUCGAGCCAAUUCACCCUUUCUGGCUUGACGGGUGGUGUCGGACGAGCCCUGGCGGGUUUUGUGAUUUCUCACAACGCAACACACGUUGUCUUGAUGUUCAGCGCUCGGAAGAAGAAGUCACAGCAGCUGCAAAAACACGAGGGUGGCAUCGUCGAAUGCGGACAAAACAACAUGGCUCAACCACUGCGCCAAGGUGAAGACAAUGUCGCGAACGAAGCAACAGAGAACGUCUUACGCCCCAAACAACGUCUGCAAUCCGAGUCUGAACCGCAAAUACAGACGAACCUCACCAUUGCCCGCACGCUGGCCAUCGCCGGCGUCACCAAAAACUUUUUCUUCGACGGCUUGACACACAGCACUACCAUCCACAACACUGACAGCAACUACUAG